GAAGCAGAGCUACGGCGCUAAGGCAACGUUCAUGAUCACAGGGAACAACCUGGGCAAGGGAAUGAUCAACGACCCGUCAACCAUCUAUCCUGCCAUCAUCAAAGUAAGAGAUGUUGGUGGAUCUGGUGGUGGAAUCUCACUGACCUACGAGACGUUAGAGGAUGCAUGCCGAAGGACACCAGAUUGCCAGCCACACCUGGUCCCAUCAAAACGCCAGCCAGUUGACAAACACGCAGUUCACAAACCAGAUGGUGUGGAACGAGAUUGCACUCAACUCCAUCCUCGGUUUCUUCCCCACGUACAUGAGGCCCCCCUAUUCCAUCUGCGAGAAGAACUGUCAGAACAUCCUGUCAAAGCUCGGCUACCACAUCAUCUAUUUCGACCUCGACACCGAAGGCUACCUCAACGACGACCCGACCCUCAUCCAAAACAGCAAGGACAUCUGGGACCAAGCGGUUGACGGGUCCGACCCGACGAAAGACAGCUUCCUGCAGAUCGAGCACGACAUUCACUACCAGACCGUGUACAACCUGACAGACUACAUCCUCACCUCACUAUUCGAGCUGGGUUACAGAUCCGUGACCGUGGGCGAGUGCCUGGGCGAUCCCGCUUCCAAUUGGUACCGCGCGGGCCCCAGCGGCACCAACACCAGUAAGCCUACACCCCCCACGCGGACCACGGCCUCCGUUGCUCCGACGCGAACUGGUGUGAGCGUUGAUGGUAGUUGCGGAAACGGCGUGACGUGCGCCGGCAGCAGGUUCGGCACCUGCUGCUCCGCCUACGGCUACUGCGGCACCACCGAUGACUACUGCUCGCUCGACAACGGCUGCCAGGUCGCGUGGGGCAGCUGUGACGGGGCGGGGACGACGACGAGCAUCACGACGGGGACGACCAUUAGCACGAGGUCGACCUCCCUCCCGUCCACGUCCACGGCACCCCCGGCCCAAACCGGUCUGGCAGUCAGCACUGACGGCCGCUGUGGCGCCGAGGUCCAAGAGACCUGUGCCGGUAGCUCUUUCGGCCCCUGCUGCAGCCCGGCCGGGAAGUGCAGCUCCAACACGAUCUCGUGCCUAGCCCUCUUGGGUUGCCAGAAGGCUUAUGGGACUUGCAUCUAGAUAGAUGUGAUGUGCAUGAGAGGGUUUCCAGAUGAAAAGACCCUGCUGUUUCCUCGAUCAUCCUUCUCUCCUUCCUCUGUUUGUAUAUAGUGACGACGCACACGGCAUGUGGAAGGACGCAAUUGCCCUUGGAAAAUAGGGGGGG